UCCACAUGCUUCUUUCAAUUUUAUUGAUCAAACCUAUUCUCGAAGAUCUUUAAUUAAUUGAGUUUUAAAUUAAGAUUUGCGUAUUCCCGGCCCGCUGAUAAUUUAGCGAUGCACUAACAAUUGAUUUGAGCAAUUGUUAUGAUAUUCUGUAUCUGUCUCUUUACAGGCCACUGGCCUUGUCUCAUAAAUCUCCCCAACAGCACCCUCAACUUGCUUCAUGUCCAGCUUGUGCAUCAGCAUGGUUCCGAUUCGGCUCCAAUUUGCACUCAUCGUGCUUCUUUUUCUCUCGUCGGAAACAACGCGGCCAUGUCUUGCAGUCACUUCCAACCAAGAACUUCUGAAAGGGUUCUCUGCAGUUCCACUCUCUUCAGUGACAUCCUUUCAACCUAUUCUCAGCGAUCAGUCUGGCAACUUCUCCCUGGGUUUCCUCCGUCUGAACCGUAACCAGCUCGCCCUCGCUGUCCUUCACGUUGCAUCCUCCGAGCCUCUUUGGCUCGCCAAUCCCACUCACUUGGCAUCGUGGUCCCAAUCCACUCGACUCUUCUUCAACGGUAGUCUGAUCAUUUCGGAUCCUGAAACCGACUUUUUGUGGUCAACUGCCACAAACGGUGACCGCGUCGUGCUCCUCAACACCUCCAACUUGCAAGUACAGAAGAAAGGGGAGUCUAGCUCGGUAAUCUGGCAGAGUUUUGACUUUCCCACUAACACCGUCGUUCAGGAUCAAAAUUUCACGGCUCUGGUGUCGUCGAACGGGCUCUAUUCGCUGCGGAUGGGGAAUGACUUCAUGGGUCUAUAUGCCAAGCACGGAGGAGGAUCGGACGAGUUAUAUUGGAAGCACACCGCAUUGGAAGCUAAGGCGGAAAUAGUGGAAGGCAACGGACCCAUUUACGCCCGUAUAAGCCCCGACGGCUAUCUGGGCAUGUACCAGACAGGCACCAAACCGGUGGACGUGCAGAAAUUCAACAACUUUCAACGCCCGCACCCUUUGUUUCUAAUGGUACGCAUAGAACCGGACGGGAACCUGAAGGGUUAUUGCUGGGACGGAUCAACAUGGUUACUGAACUACCAGGGCAUAGACGAUACAUGCGAGCUGCCGAAUCCCUGCGGUCCCUACGGUCUGUGCACGCCGGGGAGGUCGGGAUGCUCGUGUCUGGAUAACCGGACGAGCUAUUCAGCGAGGGGUUGUAUGAAGGAAGGGUACGGAGACUUAUGCGGGGAAGGGAUGGCAGAAGAUAAGUACUGGGUUAUGAGGAGGACAGGGGUGGAGCCAGCGCAUAAAGAGCUAACGAGGCAAGAGAGGGCGUCGUCGGUGGAGGAGUGCGAGGGCAUGUGCGAGAAGGACUGCAGGUGUUGGGGAGCUCUGUACUACAACGCAACCGGGUACUGCUAUGUGGUGGAGCAUCCGAUCCAGACGAUGGUCGGGACAGGGUUGGAGUCCAAGGUGGGUUAUUUUAAGGUAAGGAAAGGUGCGGGGGAUCGGAGGAGGAGAGUAGGGCUGUCAGUGGGGAUAGUGGGGGGAGUUGUGGCUAUGAUGGGGGUGAUUGGGGCGGCAAGCUACACGAUGAGGAGGAGGAGGAGGAGGAGGAGAGGGGUGGAGGAGGAGGAUCGGGUAAUAUCCGGCCCGUAUAAGAAUCUGGCAUCCGCAAGUUUUAGGUCGAUCGAGAUGAGCAGCAGCCAUUGACCCGAAAGAGCAGAGAGAGAGGGAGAGAGGCAGCCAGUAAUGGGGGUUGGGAUGACGCAAGGGGUGACGCAAGAGGAGGGUAUAAUUUGACUGGCAACUGUAUAUGGGGGACAGGAAAGGGAUGGUGGGGGGAUGGGGCAAAAAGCGGGAUGUUAGAUAAUAUUCUGGUGUUUGUGGUGGUGGGUCCCGUGGAACGGGAAAAGAACCGGGAUGGGCAUGGAUCUCGCACGGACGCACGGUUGAAUUCAAAAUAUCAGAGGCCCAGAAAGACCAUUCAGGCAAUUAUUGGCGAGCGAAUAAGGCAGCCACGGAGAGGACAGUGUCGCUAGCCACAUCCCAAGUUUCAAAGUCAAAUCACGAUAUAUUUUCGCCCUUCUCCAUCAAGAACAUGCUAUGAGCCUCAAUCACUCAAUUCCAUGGAUCCGUUACUGCCCUCACUACAAUUCCAUGAAUAUCAUGUCUCCUCCGUUGUGCUCUUCUUCAUUUUGUCUGUGACAGAUUUUAACUACUACUGUUUUCGUUCA